CUUACCACGACCGCAACCUUUACGAAAAGAAAAAGCAAUGGCUUUGCGAGUUCCUAAGGCCUCUGGGCCUCAAUUAUUUCGCGAAGGCUAUAGAAUCAUGCAAGGUGUCGAAGACGCCGUGAUUCGCAACUGUCAUGCCAUUCGUGAAUUGUCUGAAAUUACAAGAACAUCUUUGGGACCAAAUGGGAAGAAUAAAAUUGUGGUAAACCAUCUUCAACAAACAUUCCUCACAAAUGAUGCCGCAACCAUUAUCAGGGAGCUAGAAGUAAUCCAUCCUGCAGCAAAACUUGUGGUCGAUGCUACAAAGCAGCAAGAAAAUGAGCUCGGUGAUGCCGCGAAUUUUGUGAUUGUAUUCUGUGGUGAAUUAUUGGCUAAGACUGAAAAUAUGAUUCGUAUGGGUUUGACUCCUUCAGAAAUUGCAAAAGGCUUUGAAAUGGCAUAUGGUCACGUUGCAAAAGCAUUAGAAGAAAUUGUUGCUGACAAAAUCGAAACGGUGGAAAAUGAAAAAGAUUUGAUCAAGGCUAUACGCACUUGUAUCUCUUCCAAACAAUAUGGCAACGAAGACUUUCUUUCAGACUUAGUUGCUAAGGCUAUCCUCACUGUUCUUCCUCAAGAUCCUUCAAAAUUCAAUGUUGAUAACAUUCGUGUUGUGAAGAUUAUGGGUGGAAGUCUUUACAACUCCCAAGUUGUAAAGGGUAUGGUUUUACCAAGAGAGCCAGAGGGAACUAUUCAACGAGUCAAGAAGGCCAAGGUUGCUGUUUUCUCUUGUCCUUUAGAUAUCUCUCAAACUGAGACUAAGGGUACUGUUCUAUUGCACAAUGCUCAAGAAAUGCUCGACUUCUCCAAAGGAGAAGAAGAGUCGAUUGAAACCCAUAUUAAGGAGAUCCACGAUGCUGGCGUUCGUGUCGUCGUUACUGGAGGAAAUGUCAAUGACUUAGUUUUGCAUUAUUUAAAUCGUUUUGAGAUUGCAGUCGUGCGUAUUCCCAGUAAAUUCGAUCUUCGUCGCUUAUGCCGUGUUGUCGGUGCUACUCCUUUGUCCCGUGUCGGCGUUCCCAUGCCUGAAGAAAUGGGCUCCGUUGACAUAGUCGAAACCAUAGAAAUUGGAGGUGAUCGCGUCACUGUCUUUCGCCAAGUUGAAGAUAUUACAAGAACUGCUACAAUUGUCUUACGUGGAGCCACUAAGACUUACUUAGAUGAUAUUGAACGUGCUAUAGAUGACGGUGUUAACAUUGUCAAAGCUCUUGUGAAGGAUAACCGCUUACUUUACGGUGCAGGAGCAAGCGACAUGCAACUUUGUACUAGGCUUAUUUCCACUGGUGAAAAGACACCAGGAAUUUACCAACAUGCUAUCAAGCAGUACGGUGAAGCCUUUGAAGUUAUACCUAGAACUAUUUCCGAAAACGCUGGUUUGGAUUCUACAGAUAUUCUCAGCAAAUUGUAUGCUGCUCAUCAGAAAGAAGGCGGCGAAUCUAUUGGAGUUGAUGUUGAGUGUGAGGAUGAUGGUGUUCUUGAUGCUAAGGAAGCUCAAUUAUUUGAUGUGUUGGCUGCCAAACACUCUGCCAUUCGACUUGCAACAGAUGCCGUGUUAACAGUCUUAAACGUCGAUCAGGUCGUAAUGUCAAAACCUGCCGGUGGUCCUAAGCCUCCUGGACCUAAUCCAAAUUGGGAUGAUGAUUAAUAGUUUUGUCUGAAAUCAAAAUUACGAAAAUUUUUCUAGGUAGAAUGAAAGAAGUGGUUUAUUUUUGCAUGGCAAUAACUUUAGACUGUAAUCGUAAAGUUUGAUAAGCAAUUUAUUUUUGAAUAUCCAGCAAAUAUCCAGUGUUCAAUGAAAUAUUAUU